AUGAGACGGAUAAACGUCAUUAAAAAAAUCAAACCCCGCGCGCCCAGUGGUGACAUCCCAUCACUUUCCGCCCGAGUUAUCAUACUCCCAUUUCGUCCAAAGAGUAUAAAAGCGGCGCAUGGCGUUUCAACUAGCGAACAAAGAAACUGCUCGCCUUCACCCUCCGAAGGGGACCUUCUUCCUUUACACAUCCCCCUCCGCUGCCUUCUUUCGAUCCUCCGCUUUCUUUUUUUGGUCCUUUUCUUUUCACUGUUUCGCGUUCCCAAGAUGUCCAAGAAGAGAGUUUCCUACUUUAUGGAUCAUGACGUCGGUGGAUACUAUUAUGGAAAGGACCAUCCCAUGAAGCCUCAUCGAAUCGCUAUGACCCAUAAUCUUGUGCUGGCAUAUGGUCUUUAUCGCAAAAUGGAAAUCUACCGCCCACGUCAAGCCUCGCCCGAAGAGCUCAAAGAGUUCCACGCGGCGGACUACGUGUCUUUUCUGCAACGCAUAAACCCCGAUACCGCACCGCAACAUCUAGCCCAGCUCACCAAAUUCAACCUCAACCUCCGGCCGGACCUCGACUGCCCGGUCUUUGACGGCCUCUUCGAAUAUUGCCAAACCUCUGUCGGGGGGAGCAUCGACGGGGCCCGGAAACUCAUGGCGGGCACGUCCGACAUAGCCAUUAACUGGGCCGGCGGUAUGCACCACGCAAAGAAGGGGCAAGCCUCGGGGUUUUGUUACACAAAUGAUAUCGUCCUUGGCAUCAUUGAGAUGCUCCGCUUUUACCCUAGAGUGCUGUAUGUUGACAUUGACGUGCAUCACGGCGACGGCGUUGAGGAAGCGUUCUACGUCACCGACAGAGUCAUGACGGUCUCGUUUCACAAGUACGGCAACGACUUUUUUCCGAUGACGGGCGAUAUUUGGGAUAUCGGUGCCGGUCGCGGAAGGUACUACGCCGUCAACUGCCCGCUCAUGGAUGGCAUCACAGAUGCCCGCUACGAGCAACUCUUCAAGACUGUCAUCACAAAAGUAAUGGAGAUGUUUCGUCCCUCAGUCGUCGUUCUGCAGUGCGGCGCAGAUUCGUUGUGCAACGACCGCAUCGGGACGUUGAAUCUCACGCUUGAGGGGCAUGCCGCCUGCGUCCAGAUCACGGGGAUUCUUCUCGACAGAAAACUUGAUGACACCAUUCCCUACAACGACUACUGGGAAUAUUUCGCUCCGGAGCACAAGCUGCAUUUCCCGCCGAAGAAGAUGGUGGACAUGAACUCCAAAGACUACCUGGAGAAGAUGGUGGAAAAGAUCAUGGAAAACCUGCGCUGUUUGGAUGCAGCCCCGUCUGUGCAGAUGCACACUGUUCCAUCAGGGAUAAGUUACUUUUCAGACGACAACAAUGAUAAUCUAGACCCCGACAUGCGUGAAGAAAACGGAAGGCGGAAAGCAGACAAUGAGUUCUAUGACUGAGUGUGCUGCUGCGAGUGGUACGCUCCCUCCCUCUGCCUCUCCUUGGGAGACGGGCCUGCAGCAAUUAUUGCCAGGCUGCCAUUCUCCAACUUUGCGAAAAGCACCGCCUAUUCAAAAUUCAACUGUGCAGAAAUUGAUGCAGUGCGUACUUACGGACCUUCCGUGCGUCCUUCGUCCCCUUAGGUGUCAUAGGAUGUCGUUUGUAAGCUGUGCCGAAGAGCAUUUAUUUUCCAAAAAACGUGUUCAGGUUGCAGCUCCGCGGUGCAAGGUGGCACAGCACACACUCCGCGGAGAAUGGGCACAAGGAAACACGUCACACACCGCACAUAACAUGGGGUACUGUUCCAGAUACGUCACGCAAGCGCUAUCGGCAGACUUCAAACAGUAAUACGUAAAACUUGUCGAACAGACCGUGUUUUCCCGAA